AUGUCUCUUUCUGUUGCUGAAAAGUCAUAUCUUUAUGAUUCGUUAUCUGCGUUCCCGGCUAUCAGACCAGAUGGUAGGAAGCCAUAUCAAUUUAGGCCAAUUGAAAUAUCUACUGAUUUUUUACCAAAUUCUAAUGGUUCAUCCAGAAUAAUUGCUAGUGAUGGUAGUGAAUGUAUCGUUAGUGUUAAAUCUAAGGUCAUUGAUCAUACUAUUGACAAUGAUGAUUUGAUUAAAGUUGAAGUUGACAUUGCUGGUCAAAGAGAUGAUUCUGCUGUUGUUGAAAGCAUCAAUUCUUUACUUUCAAAAGUUUUAAAACCCAAUGCUGAUACUUUGGAUACAUCCAAAUUACAAUUGACUAAAAAAUAUAGUUUUAAGUUAUACGUUGAUGUUUUAGUUUUAUCAUCCUAUUCAAAUCCAAUUUCAUUGAUUUCAUUUGCCAUUUAUUCUGCAUUAAGUACAACUACUUUACCAAAAUUAGUAUCAGGUUUCGACGAUUUAGAAGUUGAAGAACUCCCUACGUUCCACGACUAUGAUUUAGUAAAUUUAGAAUUAAAAUCACCAUUGGUAUUUCUAUUGGCUUUGGUUGGUGAUAAUUUAUUAAUAGACCCUGCUUCCAACGAAUAUGAAGUUGCUAAUAACGGGUUAAUAGUAACUUGGUGUAAUGGCAAAGUUACCGGUCCAAUUAGAACAAUUUCUUUGAAUAAUUUCUAUUCUAAAGGGUUCGAUGCAUCUCUAUUGGGAAAAGGUAUAAAGUUAGUUGAAGAGCAUGCCAACGAUGUUCUUCAGGCAUUAGAAAGUUGA